UGCCAAACUUGACAGGAACUCAGAAUUCCUCUUCCCAGUUUCCAUAGGACGGAGUGCAGCUACCGCCGGCCAUGGAAAACUGAGUGGAUACGCAAUUGCGGCAGCAUCCUUUUCGACGCGCACCUAUAUUUCAUAGUUUCUUGCUAAAACUUCAGAAACUUUGUCCAAACGAAAAUAAUAAUAAUGGCUACUGAUUCUUGGGCCCUGGCUGUCGAUAAACAAGAAAAUACAACGGACUCUUUCGGCUCCCUGGCGAUAAGAGCUCCACUUCGAGGUGAUGCUAUAACUAGAAAAGCCAAACAUGGCAAUGCACAACAUGGGGAGAAUGGCACCAACGUGGAAGAAGAAGCUGAGGACAAAGCAGCACAGUCGUUGUUGAAUAAGAUUAUCCACACCAGCCUGGUGAACACUACCAAUCAAGUAGAGGUUCUUCAGAGGGAUCCCAACUCACCCCUUUACUCAGUCAAGACAUUUGAAGAGCUGAGACUGAAAGAAGAGUUGUUAAAAGGAGUGUAUAGCAUGGGGUUCAACAGACCCUCUAAGAUCCAGGAGAAUGCCCUGCCCAUGAUGCUGGCAGAGCCCGUGUGUUAUCCCUCUGGUUCCAGACCUCAGAAUCUGAUUGCCCAAUCACAGUCCGGCACAGGUAAAACGGCUGCCUUUGCUCUGGCCAUGCUCAGCCAUGUAAACCCAGCCAAAAAAUGGACUCAGUGUCUCUGCAUUUCCCCAACGUACGAGCUAGCUUUGCAGACUGGUAAAGUUAUUGAGCAGAUGGGCAAAUACUAUCCUGAGGUGAAAUUGGCAUAUGCCAUUCGUGGCAAUAAAUUGGACCGAGGGAUGAAGCUCCAGGAGCAGAUCGUCAUUGGGACACCUGGCACGGUCCUGGACUGGUGCUCCAAACUCAAGAUCAUCGACCCCAAGAAGAUCAGCGUCUUUGUGUUGGACGAGGCUGACGUCAUGAUCGCCACACAGGGUCACCAGGACCAGAGCAUCCGAAUCCAGAGAAUGUUACCAAAGGAAUGUCAGAUGUUGCUGUUCUCCGCCACAUUUGAGGACUCUGUGUGGAAGUUUGCAGAGAGGGUGGUGCCAGACCCCAACAUCAUCAAGCUGAAACGUGAGGAGGAGACUUUGGACACCAUCAAGCAGUACUACGUGCUCUGCAGCGAUAAAGAGGAGAAGUUCACAGCACUCUGUAAUAUCUAUGGAGCCAUCACUAUCGCCCAGGCUAUGAUCUUCUGUCACACUCGAAAGACGGCUGGCUGGUUGGCUGCUGAACUAACCAAAGAGGGCCAUGUGGUGGCACUGUUGAGUGGGGAGAUGACUGUGGAGCAGAGAGCAGCAGUCAUUGAACGCUUCAGGGAAGGGAAAGAGAAAGUCCUGGUGACCACCAACGUAUGUUCCCGAGGCAUUGAUGUUGAGCAAGUUUCCGUGGUGAUCAACUUUGACCUGCCUAUGGACAAAGAUGGAAACGCUGACAACGAGACGUACCUUCACCGGAUUGGCAGAACAGGGCGCUUUGGCAAAAGGGGGCUUGCCGUCAAUAUGAUUGACAGCAAACACAGCAUGAACAUUCUCAACCAAAUUGAGGACCAUUUCAAUAAGAAGAUAAACAAACUUGACACUGAUGACCUGGAUGAAAUCGAGAAAAUCAGCAACUGAAGAGGCUUCUAAUAUGUAUGCAUUUGGGACAGUUACUUUACAUUUGGGCUUAAGUCACUUUAAUGAUGUCUUUGAAUGUUAACGUGUAAUGACAGUGUGUUAGCCACAUUUUCUAAAUUUGUAAUAAAAGGGUUGCACUGAACUAAUAUCUUACCCUCUAGAUUGGGUACCCUCUUCAGAGGAAUAGGUUAUGUGGGUGUUGAAAGCAAUAUAGAGCAUAUUGAAUCUAACAAAGAAAACUUUGCAACAGAAUAAUUGGGAAGGUUUGCUGUGUUGAUUUGUCUUAAAGAAUUUUUUUUUCUCCUAGAAUAAGAGUGGAAGAUAAUUUGACUUGAAGUUGAGACAAUGAGUAGUCACCAAACUAGAUGUCCAUUCUUAAUAAGGCACUUUACAGUCUUCUGUUUGAACUAACAAUCCUUAAGUGAUACAGCAUUACAGGGUCACAACACUAAACAGAUUUUUGAUUGUUUGCAUGUGCGUUUCAUGAUAAUCCAUAGAUCUGCUUGUGUUAAUACUGUAUUAGAGCGGUUGCUCCAUCUUUUAUUUAAUUUGUUUACAAUAGGGCACUAAGAAAAAUCUUAUGGUAGGUUGUUUGAGUGGAAACUAAUACAUUUUAAGUCACAAUCUAUUGGCUUGAAAUGGACAUUAAGGUUGAAGUCAAAAUUCGACUACAUGUUUAUUAAACUAUAAGCAAACUUAUUCUGUCAACUGACAGAUGUUAGGUCACUUUUACCAAGUAAAAAAAAAUAUUGUAAGUAUGGAAUAUACCUAAAUUGUUAGGAAUAUUAGAUUUAUUUUGAGAUAAAAGCUUUCAGAAUAACACCAUUGAGUUGUUUUGUUUUGUACAUCAUUAAAGAUUAUUUAUAUUUGGACUAAGCUUGAACUGAACUACCUAAGAGUUUAGAGUGUUUACCUUGACUUUGAAAGCAAAAUCUCUGCUGAAUCUUCUCUCUUAUACUUUAUGCACUUUUUGGUUUUGUUGUGCUAGGUGAUUGUUGUAAUAAACAUUACCUACAUAA